AUGCUACUGCUGGCUGCCCGCGCGCUGCGCUGCCUGCUGUGCGCGCUGAGCUGCGCGUGGCUGCACCAAACCGGAGCGGCGGCCUCGCGACUCAAGUCGUCCUCGCUGCCCAUCCAGUCGGAGAGAGAAGCGCUGCCCUCCAAAGGCUUGUCAGGAUGCUCGUUCGGAGGUCGCUUCUACUCCCUGGAGGACACGUGGCACCCGGACCUCGGGGAGCCCUUCGGGGUCAUGCACUGCGUCCGGUGCCACUGCGAACCCCAAAAAGGCCGUCGAGGCAAAGUGUUCGGGAAGGUCAACUGUAAGAACGUGAAACAGGACUGCCCGGACCCGGACUGCGUGGACCCCAUCCUGCUGCCUGGACACUGCUGUAAAACAUGCCCUAAAGGCGUCAAGAUCGACUCUCGGCUGGACGGCUUCGAGUAUUUCCACGAGACGGGCAAAGACAAAGACGACGACCUCCACAAAUCCUACAACGACCGGUCCUACCUGAGCUCCGAGGAGCUGGGCCCCGGGGAGAGCCGCACCGACUUCGUCGCCGUGUUGACCGGAGUGACGGAUUCGUGGCUGCCGACCUCCAACGGCGUCACCCGAGCUCGCUUCUCCCUGACCAGAACCAGCCUGGCGUUCUCCGUCACGUACCAGAGGAUGAGCCGCCCCAGUAAAAUAGUCCUCCUGGAUGCGGAUGGCACGACUGCAUUUGAGUACAGCGUCCCCAAAGGACCGUCGGACAUGAUCUGCGGCGUGUGGAAGAACCUGGCGAAGCCUCUGAUGCGGCGGCUGCAGUCCGAGCUGAUGCGCAUCAGCAUGACGGCGGCGGGCGGACGCGGAGACGUGGAGGGAAAGAUCAUCAAGCACAGGGCUCUGUUUGCUGAGACGUUCAGUUCCACGCUGACGUCGGAGGAGGAGAACUCGGGCACGGGAGGCCUCGCCAUGCUGACGCUGAGCGACACGGAGAACAACCUCCACUUCAUCCUCGUCCUGCAGGGCCUCAUCAAGCACCGGGGCACCGAGCCUCAGUUGGUGCCCAUCAGAGUCCAGCUCGUGUACCGGCACCACGUCCUGAGGGAGAUCCGAGCCAACGUCACCUCUCACGAUCCGGACUUCGCCGAGGUGCUGACGGACCUGAACAGCCGCGAGCUCUUCUGGUUGUCUCGCGGCCAGCUGGAGAUCGCCGUGGCAACGGAGGGUCAGGACCCUCGACAAAUCUCCGGCUUCAUCACCGGCAGGAAAUCGUGCGACACCAUUCAGAGCGUGAUGUCCAGCGGCGACGCGUUGACCCCGGGGAAGACGGGCGGCGUGGGGUCCGCCAUCUUCAACCUCCACGACAACGGCACGCUGGACUACCAGGUCCAGGUCGCGGGUCUCUCCGGCGAGUUCGUCGGCCUCACCAUCGAGCUGAAGCCGCGGCGGCGCAACAAGCGCUCGGUGCUGUACGACCUGACGGCGGACUACAACAAGGCCGCGGGGCGGGCGAGCGGCAGCUGGAGCCGCCUGGAGGCCCGGCACAUCCACAUGCUGCUGCAGAACGAGCUGUUCAUCAACGUGGCCACGGCCCACGGCCAGGAGGGGGAGCUGAGGGGCCAGAUCAGAGCCCUGCUCUACAGCGGCCUGGAGGCGCCCCGACACGAGUUGCCCACCCCUCUGGCCGGACACUUUGUGUCCCCCCCGGUGAGAACCGGGGCCUCCGGUCACGCCUGGGUCUCCGUGGACCAGGCGUGUCACCUGCAUUACGAGAUCGUGGUCGCCGGCCUCAGCAAGGCCGACGACCUCACGGUGAACGCCCACCUCCACGGAUUGGCCGAGAUCGGGGAGAUCGACGACAGCAGCGCCACCCACAAGAGGCUGCUGACCGGCUUCUUCGGCUCACAGGCUCAGGGCGUGCUGAAGGACAUCAGCGCCGAGCUGCUGCAGCACCUGGACCAGGGCACGGCCUUCAUCCAGGUCAGCACCAAGACCAACCCGCGGGGGGAGAUCCGAGGACGGGUCCACGUGCCCAACAGCUGCGAGCGGGGCGCCACGGCGACGGAGCUCGACGGCGUCUUCGCGAAGGACCCCGAGGAGCUGAAGAAAGACCCCCACACCUGCUUCUUCGAGAACCAGCACCGGGCCCACGGCGCCCGCUGGACCCCCAACUACGACAAGUGCUUCUCCUGCAGCUGCCGGAAGCGGACCGUGAUCUGUGACCCCGUCAUCUGCCCCCCGUUGACCUGCCCCCGAACCCUCCAGCCCGGAGACCAGUGCUGUCCCAUCUGCGACGAGAGCAAAGAGCCCACAGAGGCGGCGCUUCUACCAGAGAGGGUGGACGAACAUCCCGAGGGUUGCUACUUUGAAGGAGACCAGAAGAUGCACGCCCCGGGCACCACGUGGCAUCCCUUCGUGCCUCCGUUCGGCUUCAUCAAAUGCGCCGUGUGCACUUGCAAGGGCUCUUCGGGGGAGGUGCACUGCGAGAAGGUGACGUGUCCGCUGCUGACCUGCAGCCACCCGGUGAGGCGCAGCCCCUCCGACUGCUGUAAGGAGUGUCCCGAGGAGGAGCGCACCCCCGCGGGGCCGGAGCACGGCGACAUGAUGCAGGCGGACGGCCCCAGGAACUGCAAGUUCGGCAAGAGCUUUUACCAGAACAGCGACAACUGGCACCCCUGGGUGCCGCUGGUGGGCGAGAUGAAGUGCAUCAACUGCUGGUGUGACCACGGCGUGACCAAGUGCCAGAGGAAGCAGUGCCCGGUCCUGACCUGCAGCGGCAUCGCCCGCAGAGAGGCGGCCUGCUGCCCCGAGUGCCUCGACUCCAAAGAGGAAGACGAUGUGAUGAUGAUGAUGAAGGCUCCAGACAAAAGACUGAGCUGGGGACACUGA